AUGUCGGUCAGCCGUAUGGCGGCCGUCCUUCAGGCCGGGAUGAGGCACGGUGAACUGCCUAUCAUGCUGUUUCCAUGUGUGAUCCAGGCAGCCAGCUUCCCCCUCGUGCCCGUAGCAUCUACAGCUGCAUCAUCGAUUGCCACGGCUCCAGCACCGCCUGAUACGUCAGCCUCAGGUGAUACGGUUCCAGCGCUCGGCGCCGAUACAGCUCGCGGUUGUUCUAACUCACUUCGCCUAGAUGGCGGAUGCUCGCGCGUUGUGGGCUUCGCAAGGGCCCUAUCCACACCCCAGCUGGCGGAUAAGGGAGGUGUCGACGCCUCUAGCAGCAGCACGCGCAGCAGCAGUGCUUCGAAAUUCAGCAGUACCUGCACCUGCACCAGUACCGGUACCAUUGCCAGCGCCGUUAUCUCUCCUAAUCCUGGCACCUUUGGAGGCUGCGGAUUCGGCUACCACAGGCCUACCAUUGCCACAGCCACUGCGACUGCGACUGCCAGCGAUUCCGUCAGAAGCGGCGGCAGCGUAUUACCGCGGCCCGUCCUGUCUUCCCUUUCCGAACCGGGACCCGCAGCCUGCGCGCUGCUCCCAGCCUUGUUGCCGACGGCCGGCACCGACUUCACGAGCUCCCUUGGCAGCAUCCGCCACCAGCGUUAUCGCCACCACGUUUUCCUUGCGAAACGCAAGCAUCAUCACCUCAACCACGACCACGACGACCGCAAUUCCUUCCAGGAACGGUAUCAUCAUCAUCGUCAUCAUCAACAGCAUAAACCCUACCUGCACCGGCACGCGGAGGCUGAGCGACUCACCGAUGCGCAAAUCUUAGCUCGCCUGAUGGGUUACUUGUGGCCUAAAGCCGCAGACAAUUCCGAGUUCAGACGCCGAGUGGUGACAGCCACCGGUCUUCUGGUGGCAGCCAAGUUGCUGAACAUCAAUGUCCCCAUAUUUCUGAAGUUGGCAGUGGAUGCGCUGACGGCCGCGGUGGCGGGCACGGCAGCGCCGGCGGCGAUGACGGUGUACGGCAUGGCGCUGGGGCCCAUUGCGCUGUUGUUGGGGUGGGGGGCGGCACGCGGCGGCAUGGCGUUUUGUAAUGAGCUGCGUAAUAUUGUAUUUGCCAAGGUAUCCCAGGGCACCAUUCGCCGCGUAGCACGUGAAGUGUUCUCUCAUUUGCAUACCCUGGACCUGGCAUUCCACCUGUCCAAGCAGACUGGCAGCCUGUCCCGAGUGGUGGACCGGGGGACGAGGGGCAUCAAUUUCAUACUUUCCAGCAUG